UAUGUGCGAAUGCAAUGCUUCCUCCCACCCGGCAGGUGGAAUCACUGUCCAUUUAAAUCAGUCGAGUUUUGAAGAGGGACUCACGCUUAUCGUGAGCAAGCAUACACAGCUCUUCUCGUGUAUUGUAGUGUAACUACAUUUUACAGUUAAUAUUAGCGCUUUCUGAUCGUAACAACUUGUCCGUGCGCAUCUUGCGUGUCACAGAAACCCAAACAAACAUGUCGACUGUUUUCUCUUUCCAGACACAGCUCGUCUCCAUCAUGGACGCGUUAUCUAAAACAGCUGUAAUGGAAAUAAGCAAACUGGUGGAGAUCGAGUCGAAGAUGCUGAAAAUAGAGAUAACUCGAGGCCGGAAUGAAAUCGCCUCGCUCACAGAGAAACUGCAGCUGAUGGAGAAAUUGCUUUUUAUCGCUCAGGGGCGCAGACAGGACGCACCAUCAGCAGCAACGUGCUCAGUGGUAGGGGACGGUUCAGAAAACGGAAUAUCGGAGCCCGACAGAACAAGACCUGCCAUAAAAGGUGAGAGCCCAUGGGAAAGUUCCUCCACGGAGAUGAGCAGUUUGCAUCAACGUGAAGCGGAAGCUGCAGCUGAAAUUACAAACCCACCAAAAGAGCAGCCUGAACUCAUAGUGAUAAAGGAAGAGCUGUCCGAAGAGGAUAGCAAAGACACGGAACAAGAUAAGACAGGGACUGAAAUGAACACAGACACCCAGAAGUAUCCAGUUGUGGUGCAGUGUCCCAGACUCAUCACAGAACGUCUGCAGCCCGUGUUCACUGAUAACUUUGUGACCCUUAGUGUUGGACCAGGAAGGAGGGAAACACAGUGGAAUCAGCAGCUUACACCUGCACACACAAACCUAGAGGCUGGGAAAAGCUUAGCUCAGAAUAUUACUUCCCAAAGUCUAGGUCUGCUAAGGAAUAUGAAGAUUCACAAUUUCAGGAACACAGCUGCAAAGAGGUUCGGCUGCUUGCAGUGUGGCAAGAGCUUCAGAUGCUUUAGUCAGCUUGAAAUACACCAGAGAAGUCACACAGGAGAGAAACCAUUCAGGUGCGUACUCUGUGGAAAGCGUUAUGCACAAAAAGGGCAUCUGUAUACACACCAGCGCACACACACUGGGGAAAAGCCAUACCGUUGUCCCAUUUGUGGAAAGGGCUUUAUUCAGAAAUGCACUCUUGAUAUGCAUCAGCGUACACACACCGGAGAAAAACCUUUUGUUUGUAUCAAAUGUGGCAAGGGUUUUACAAAGAAUUGUAAUCUUAAAAAACACCUUGCAGUACAUCUAGAUCCUAGUUUGAACAUGUAUGGUAGUGACUGUAGUGCACCGACAUUUAGUGGAACAUUCAUAAAUGGGACCACAUUUCUGCUUCUACUGUGUCCGGUAAAUGUUGGUACCGUUUUCCCACAAUCCCUUGCGGCACAACUCUACCGCAUAUUUGAUCAAGAAGCAACCUUGCUACACUGGAAAUCUUGCCAACAUUUCGAAAAACACAGCCUCUCUGUCGAGAUGAUGUGCGACACCACAAACCGAGGUUUUCGGACGCAGUUAGCCGCUAUCCUGGACAAGCUAACGAAGGCGGCUUUGGUUGAAAUAAGCACCCUGGCUGAUGAAUGCUCCUCCGUCCUUCACACGGAGAUAUCCCUGCACAAAACGGAAAAUGAGGCUUUGAAGAAGAGAUGUCGCUCACUGGAGGUCCAGUUGAGAGCAGCCCGGGAGGCGCAGACCUAUCCUGUACUCUCCAACAGUGUUAGCCGUCGGCACUGUGCAGAACAGCAGCAGCCUGCUCCAGCCAUCGAUGGAGUUUUUGGAAAGGACUGGUGCAUGGACCUGUGGAGGGAGGACAAACUCCCCUCUCAAAUGAAAGGAACAAUAGAACCUGCUGCUAUGACAAGCAUGGGAGCACAGGCAGUAGACUUAAUGGAGCGAGAACCUGAUCUCAUCUUUGUCAAAGAAGAGACAUAUGAUGAUCAACCCAUUGGCCACCAGAUGAGGCUCACAGAUAACAGAAAGAUUGUUGGAAUCUUUGAGGAGGACAGCAUGCUUCACAGAUCUGUUGAUGAGCUGCAGCUUCAACCAGAGGAAUUAAACAACUUCCCCAUGAUGGUGGACAGUCACACACAACAACGCACACAGCCAACAAUUAUGGACAAGUUGAUAGAUGAUGCAACAAUGAACACUCUGGCUGACAACACGAAUCCUCCUUCAGCCAUCACCGAAUACUUAAACUAUACAAACGAUAGCAGUAUCAGUGCAACAAAAGAACUCACUACUCAUCCAAAACCCAUGAAGCCAACUAAACGGUUUGAGUGCUUAUUCUGUGGGAAAAUAUUUAACUAUUUGAGCAGUUUAAAAGUCCACAUCAGGCGACACUCUGGUGAGAAGCCGUUCAGCUGUUCCGUUUGCGGGAAGAGAUUUGCUCAAAAAACGUACCUGAAACUGCACCAGCGCGUGCACUCAGGGGAGAAGCCGUACAGCUGCCUAGACUGUGGCAAAAGCUUUUCCCAGAAAAGUUCUCUAAACAUCCAUCUUCGAACACACACUGGUGAAAAGCCUUAUAGCUGUGUGGACUGUGGGAAAUGUUAUGCAUACAAGUAUGGUUUAAAUCACCACCAGUGUUUCAGUUGACCGGUCAGACAACCACAUGGAGAGUCUGGUUAUCAGUAAGAAGUCUAACUGUGACUAGAAGUGCUUUCGGUAUUGCUCACAGUAGCUCAACAUGUGCUAAUACUGUAUGUCUAUGUAAAGCUAAAAUGUGGAUGAAAAUGUUGAUUUGAAAUACCCCAUGCAUAUCAAAGAUGUAAAUUGUAUUUUUUAGCAUUACUGAUAAGGGAGACUGCUACAUCUAAUUGAUACAGAGACAGCCCUUGUUAUUGUACCCUUUCCAUGGGCACAUUAACAAGCCUAGACAGCUUCACAGAUUGAUAAAGAAAAAAGUUAUGGAUCAAAUGAGACUCACUUGCUGAUCCUGUGUCAUCAGGGCAGGUUGUCAUAUGCGUGGUGUAACAUGUUAUACAUACCUCAGUGUCAUAUAUGCCAAAAUAAUUACUUUGGACCAAUACUCAGUUGUUUGCACACAUGUAACAUAAACUGUCAAACUACCUCUUCACAUCGAAGUAAAACAGUUUCUUCUGUUUGCCUCAUUGCCCAAGUGUCACCUCUGCUCUGUUUCCAACAUGCCAUGUGUCAUUUUAUAGCAUUGCAUUUAACUGGGCAGACCUUUUUCUUUGGUCACAUAAUAUUGAAAUGAAUCCCAAAAAUUGUUCAGGUCUAAACUGAAAUAUGGUUACCGUUUUAAAAUGUGUUUGUAUGACUGUAGAAAGAUGAAUUGUGUUAUGUGCAAUUAAGCCAAUUGUUGGGUUUUCUAAUUGUUAAUCUUUUAAAUGAACUACAGAUGUUUUAUGUGCUUUCCUUUUUUCCCUCACAUCUUCAUGUUAGAAUGCCCAGUCAAAUGUGGCUUAUUGAAA